AUGAGCCCUGCUGGAGACGAAGAGCGCACUGCUGCGAGCGGAGAACAGAUCCGCCCGCCGGUGCAGGAGGGCCGCGCUGCGAAGCUUACAAGUUUGCAACUGCAGAUUUCGCAAUUGGCGGCCCUGGUGGAGGAGUCGGUGAAGAAGAAGGAGCCUGNAGAAGAGCCCACGCUGCCGCUCGGCGGUGGCGGGGGAUUUCUCCAGCAGCAAGCGAGAGAUGGUGGGCAAGGACCACGGCAGCUGCUGGAAGGUGGCUGGGCCAGGAGAUCGGGAGCGAACCCUGUUGGACCGGCCGGAGUGGGCCCGGGCAUAGGACUGGACUACGGGGAAGCAAGGGGAUUACACCCCCCAGGUGAGAUACCCAUGAUUCGAGGAAAUGGAGAAUUCCUCGACGGCUACAGCACUAGCCACGUGAAGAGAGUAACAGUCAAUGUCCCGCGUCUCGAAGGGGAGAGUCACGUGGCGGAAGGGCUAGAGGCAAGGGCAGUGCGAGAGUUGCUGUUCGAGCGCGCGGAGGAGGCCCACGCUGCGCGCCUCUUGGAGGACUUCCUGCUGGGUGCGGUGGACCUCAUGCUGAACUCGCCAGACGCCUUCGAGGCGGCUCUGGCGUCCCACGAGCUAAGUGAAUCCCCCAUUGGCAAGCUAGCAAACGAGAAGAGCAUGAACCUCAAUCACUGGGAUGUGAAGCAGGCGUAUACACACGCUACGCUAGACGAGGAGGUUUUUCUGAAGCUCCCCGCUGGGUGCGGGGACAAGUCGCAUAAGAUUGCUAAGGCUGAGCGUGCGAUUUAUGGUCUGAAGCAGAGCGGUAGGCAGUGGGGGUACCACGCUGCUGAUACGCUAGUCGAGAACGGGUUCGAGCAGUGCAAGGCGGACCCGUGUGUUUUCCGCAAGAUGACAGACGAAGUCGUGGUGAUGAUUAUCGUUAUCUACGUGGAUGACAUCCUGGUGGAUGGGUUUGACGAGGAUUGCGAGGAGUUGCUUGCUUCUCUCAACAAGAGAUUCCCCACCAAGAAUCUUGGAGAAUGCGAAUGGUUUGACGGCUGCGCCAUUGAGAGAGAUGUAGAGGCUGGGGCCCUUAGNAUCACUGGGAUGUGA